UGUUUUUUAGAAUGGCACAAAACAAUGACAACAAAUGGUGGACUGAGCGGCAAAACAGACUGAGUUAUUUGUCUUUGUUUGACAACUCCAAAGUAUUGGACUAUAUUAGUUUAUGUCAAAUUUAUCUUCGUGUUUAGUUCGCUGCCGCGUUUCGUGCCAGUAGUGUUAGCUAGAAUGCUAAGAUGAUGUUUAAUUCGUCAUCCCGGUCCACAGAUGACCCAACCUCGAUGUAUAGUUCUCCUCAAAACAGUGUUUAUAAAAGUGGCGAUAAAACGAGUCCAAUAAGUGUUAUACUGGUCAGUUCUGGGAGUAGAGGGAACAAACUUCUCUUCCGAUAUCCAUUUCAAAGAGUGUCCGAGUGUCCUUCAUCUGUCACUGCAAAACAACGCAGUCCGUAUGCUCUGAACACAUCUGGCGACAGUUUUGAAGAUCAGGAUGGUGAUUCAAGAGAACAAUCUACACUUACUGACGAACAGUUGGUAGCUGGGUUUUCAGACAUCAUUCUGGCAACAAUCUUGGCCACCAAGUCUGACAUGUGUGGAAAGAAGUUUGAACUGAAGAUAGAUAAUGUUCGAUUUGUGGGUCACCCCACGCUCCUGCAGCACCCACCUAUUAUUCAGGUGUCGAAAACAGAUCCGUCGCCGAAGAGAGAAAUGCCGACGAUGAUCUUAUUCAACGUUGUGUUUGCAUUAAGGGCAAACGCUGACCCGUCUGUCAUCAGCUGCAUGCACAACUUGUCCCGGCGUAUUGCCAUCGCCCUGCAGCACGAGGAGCGCCGCUGCCAUUACUUAACCCGAGAGGCCAAACUGAUGCUGGCCAUCCAGGACGAGAUCACCACUGUGACUGAGACUGAUGGAAGCCCACUGUCACCAUUUAGACAGAUUCUGCCCAAAUGUAAGCUAGCGAAGGAUCUGAAAGAAGCUUACGACAGUCUGUGUACGACUGGCGUGGUGAGGAUACAUAUCAACAACUGGUUGGAGGUGAGCUUCUGCUUGCCACAUAAGAUCCACAGGAUCGGUGGAAACUACAUCCCCCCAGAGGCACUGGAGCGCAGCCUGAAGGCUAUAAGGCCGUAUCACGCUCUGCUGCUGCUGGAAGGUGAAAAGGCUUUGCUGAGUCAGCUUCCUCUGGACUGCUCCUCAGCGAUGGUGCGACUCAUCAAAACCUGCACGGCUGUGAAGAACCUGCAGCAGCUGGCUCAAGACGCUGACCUGGCUCUGCUACAGAUAUUUCAGAUUGCCGCUCAUCUGGUUUACUGGGGAAAAGCCAUCAUCAUCUACCCUCUGUGUGAGAACAACGUCUACAUGCUGUCUCCUCACGCCAACAUCAGCCUAUACUCAAACUUGGCUCGACAGUUCGCCCAGCAGUUUCCUGGCAGCGACCUGCCCUCCAUGUUGGCUAAGUUCUCCCUGCCGGUGUCACUGGCUGAGUUCAGGAACCCCCUGGAAGCUCCCGCCCAGGAGACUCAGCUGAUCCAGAUGGUGGUGUGGAUGCUGCAGCGCCGCCUCCUCAUCCAGCUGCACACGUACGUCUGCUUGCUGGUGCCGCCCAGUGAGGAUGAGCCGGGGCUGCGAGACGAAGAGCCCCCUCUGGCUGCACGAGUGGGGGGCCGUAGUCUCAGUACCCCAAGUGCCCUCAGCUUUGGAUCCCCAACCAGCAGCGAUGACAUGACGCUCACCAGUCCAAGCAUGGAAAACUCCAGCGCCGAAUUGCUUCCUGGCGGAGACGCGCCUCUCAACGUGAGGAUGACGGAGACGCUGCUCGCCAGCCUCUCGGACCACGAGAGGCAGGUCAUCCUCAACAUCCCCGCCUCACAGAACCCAGAAGAUCUGCGGAUGUUUGCCAGGCUCCUGCACUAUUUCCGGGGCCACCACCAUCUGGAAGAGAUCAUGUACAACGAGAACAUCCGGCGCUCGCAGCUCAAGACUCUGUUUGACAAGUUCCGCAGCGUCCUGGUGGUGACGAAUCACGAGGACCCCAUUAUUUCAAUCUUCCAGUCGCCAAUGGAGUAGAAACAGAGACCUGGCGACACGGUGAGAAGGAAGCGCUUGUACUUAAUUUCUGCCUAUUGGAAAAUAUUAAAUUAUUUUGUGCAAACGAAGUGGACUGUUUUCCUG